AUGGCUGUUUGUUCUGCGACGACGGGGAAUGUGCUGUCGCUCCAGAGGACCCACACUCCCACAGCUGCGAUGAGGCGCCACCUGUGGCUGCUCUGCCUGGCGGCCGCGCUCGAAUGCCAGCCGCAGACCGCAGAGUCAUCUAGCGGCAGUUGCCGGCACUACCGCCGCAGCGCGCGGCUAGCGGUCCGUCCUGUCCUAGUCCAGGAACACACGCCGCCAUGUGGCGAUCCCGCGUACUUCAUGUUCAGUGUGCGAGAUGGCGCGGGUCGGUGGGCCGAUGCCACGUGCGUGCUCGAGUCUGACUUCGGGUUCAACCUCAAGUGCCGCUUCAAAAAGUCCGGGCUGUUUCGCGUGCGGAACCUCGGCGGAGUCAAGGGCUACUUCGGGCUGGGCUUCACUGUCGGCGACGAGCUGGGACUGCCGGAGUCGCUGUCCAACUCCGAGUCCGCCAAGCGGCGCUCCCUGGCCGCGGGGCGUAUCUCCAGUGGCCACAGUCCUGUCCAGAAGACCAACGUGACGCAACUGACGCGCCUGCCGAGCCCCACGCGCAUCGCGAGCCUGACCGCCUACCGGCCGCCGCUACCCGUCUUCAAGCCCAUCCCGCCGGCCAUGGCCGCCGAGCGCUACCAGCACCUGCUGGCCGCCCCCGCGCUGUCCCGCCCCCAGCGGCUGGCCGCGGGCGUCGCGGCGCCUGGGGUGCCGCCCUUCCAGGAGCUGCCCGCCUCCAUCACCCGCGUGCAGGCCGCCGCCCCCGCCGCCCCAGCGCCGCCCCCGGCGCCACAGCUGGUCGCCGUGCAGGUGGCGCGCGCGCCCGCCGCCUUCCGCCAGUCGCUGCAGGCCGCCUCCGGCCACUUCCAGGCGCGCCAGGACAAACUGCCAGCAGACAGCGCCCUGGCCACCAGGAGACUGCCGCCCCAGCAGGUGUCGGGCGCCGACAUGCAGCACACCAUCAGACUGCUGGCGCGCGCCGCCAACAUGUCGGAGCAGGCCGUGGCCGCCGCCAUCUUGGAGCGCCAGCAGCAGCUGCUGCAGCAGCAGCGCCGCGCGGCGGAGCUGGCCGCAACCACCACCACAUCUACCACCACCACGGCCAGGCCGCACGGCUCCAACCUCGUGCGCCAGUACCCCGCGGCGGCUGCCAGCAAGGUGAUGAACGCGCCCAAGGAGUACUACCCGGUGGGCUACGACAAGAACUUCGACGACAACUUCGUGUCGAGGGUGGAGCUGCCCGACACCAGCUUCGGCUGCGGCGACCAGAAGCACUUCCCGGGGCUGUACGCCGACGAGGAUCUGGGCUGCAUGGUGUUCCACGUGUGCGCCUUCACAGACGACGGCCUCAUCAUGAAGAGCUUCCUGUGCCCCGAGUCCACGCUCUUCGACCAGACCAUCCUCAAGUGCAACUGGUGGUUCUACGUGGACUGCAAGUCCUCGGCCAAGCUGUACGACAGCAACAUUCCCGUGUCCAAGAGCUAUCAGCUCAUGAAGGCGCUAGCCUUCUUCUCCAACUACAACAAGAGCUAGCCGCUCUAGUCUCCCGUCACAUUGCUACUAGAGCAGACCAUCCUCAAGUGCAACUGGUGGUUCUACGUGGACUGCAAGUCCUCGGCCAAGCUGUACGACAGCAACAUUCCCGUGUCCAAGAGCUAUCAGCUCAUGAAGGCGCUAGCCUUCUUCUCCAACUACAACAAGAGCUAGCCGCUCUAGUCUCCCGUCACAUUGCUACUAGGGCAGACCAUCCUCAAGUGCAACUGGUGGUUCUACGUCGACUGCAAGUCCUCGGCCAAGCUGUACGACAGCAACAUUCCCGUGUCCAAGAGCUACCAGCUCAUGAAGGCGCUAGCCUUCUUCUCCAACUACAACAAGAGCUAGCCGCUCUAGUCUCCCGUCACAUUGCUACUAGGGCAGACCAUCCUCAAGUGCAACUGGUGGUUCUACGUCGACUGCAAGUCCUCGGCCAAGCUGUACGACAGCAACAUUCCCGUGUCCAAGAGCUACCAGCUCAUGAAGGCGCUAGCCUUCUUCUCCAGCUACAACAAGAGCUAGCCGCUCUAGUCGCCACUGGAGCAGACCAAGGGGCGGGUCUCAGCAAUCGUUGCCACGUUAGAAACUGAAGUCCAAAAGUCAUCCCUAUUUCCCAUCUGGGAAGCAAAACAUUUUGAUACCUUCAUGAUUCAGACCGACUUUUGCCUUUUGCGCAUUGCGCCAACAUUGCCACGAUAUUUAAUAACAGAACCAUCGGAAUCAGCGGAUUUAAGUAAUAUCACGUGCUUAUAGUCCGGUCAAAUUAGACCAAAAAAUAGGAGUGAAGUUACAAAAAUUCGCACCUAGCUGAAAAUUGGUAGGAUUGUUCAAAACACCAUUAUAAAUGAAAUAUAAAAAGUCCUCAUCGAUCCGAUACCUGGAAAAAAAUUUACUCGGGGUCAAAGGUCGCAAAAACGGUUUCUUUGCGAUUUUCAGAAAAACGGUAAGUUUUAUCAUAAAAUUAGCUCAGACAAAAAUUGUAGAUCAGAUAAUUAUCUAUAAAAAAUGUCUUAAUACGUUUUGUCUUAAGAGCCACCGUUUUUGAGAUAUAACGAUUCAAAAAGUUGAAAAAUCCUACGAAUUUUCAGCUGGGUGCGAAUUUUUGUACCCUCGGAUGUCUCAAUUGACCGGACUAUUAAGUUCAAAAAUGUUUCUCCAACAGACAUGCACUUCUGUUGAAAAAAAUAUUGAUUUUUAAGUUUUAUUUUCACACAGCACAAUAUUUGGUAUUUUAUAGAAUAAAAAUCAAACAUUAAGUUCAUUGAAACUGCGACAUUUGAAGUGACACGAGAUUCUAUUAGGUCAGUAAAUGCGCCAUCUUGUUUAUGGCAGGUCUGCUGGUGAAUGAGUGGUUCAAAAUAGGGCCCACAAAUGUCUUACUGCGCGGAUCUCACACGCUGUCUUCAUCGUUGUUCUGUGGACGAACCUUUGUGCAUUGCGUGGUAGAGCGCUGUCCUCUGGCGAACUCCAGUUGUUUGGAAGUACUGCCAGAGUUUUUUUUAUCAAAUCCCUGAACUAGCUUUGCUGUUAUAAAACAUACCCUAAAAAAUUAUUUUAGCCGCUUCUUCAAGUACACCAAUGUUUCACCAAGCCAUCGGUUGUCAUUUCACCCGCAGAAUAAAUCCCGAGACACCACCCAAACAAUAGAAUAUACUCAUGUGUUGCGACCAAUCAGACUCAGGGCAGCCGGCUCAGCCACUCAGUAUUCACUUACGUUAUCUUAUCGGUGAGUGGGUUGUAAUUCUCUCCAAACAUUAUUCUGGCAAACAGCCUAUGUUUUUUAACUUACCAUUGCCUCAUCUAGCUUGUUUGAAUAGAUGUUGAAACAAUGACAUGAUUGAACGGCGAGUACUUGAUGCUCAUUGGCACGGUCAACUGAAGGAAAUAAAGCCUAAUUCACGGACAAAACUAUGCAAGUUAACUAACCACCGAGCACUAAGUGUUUUCAGCCUUAUUUUAGCGUCUAUAAUGUUUAACUCAGGCACCGAAAUGGCUUGUAUACGGAUGUCUCAAAAUUGUUAAUUUUAUUACUAAUCUUCAAAUUAGAAUUUUUUUUAUCAGAAUAACGAUCUAAGUUAGCUAAAUAAGUUAUUUGUCUGUAGGAUUAAGUGAAAACCAAUUAGGAAAGAAACACAAGAGUGUAAGGAUGUUAAACUACUAUUUAUGUUCGUAUUUAUUGCCUUAUUGCCGAUGCUAUCUUUCGUAGGAUGUAGAUAGAUAAAUGUAUACUAUUUUUAGAAAGUUGUGUAAUGAUUGGACUUAAAGGUAAAUUGUCUGCCCAUAUGAUCUCGCAGAUGACCUUUUAUCGUCAUCAAGUUGCUCAAAUAGUAUGUAUGUUCUACUGUAGAAGCUGUUUGUGCAUGUUAAUAAUUUAUUUCAUUUCAGACUGAUUUCGUUUAUUGUGUACAUCAGACCAUCAUUAGAGGUGAUUAUAUAUGUAUUCAUGUUUAUUUUUUCUCAAUAAAGCACAUAACUUU